AUGAAGACCUCAAGCAUCGCCGCAGUCUUGGCACCUUCUGCUGCCUCAGCACAGUGGUGGGGAGGUGCCCCUGAGUGCGCUCAAUCAUGUCUCUCUUCCGCUUACUGGGGCUCCGCCUCGGCUACCACAUCGGCCUACUGGCCCGCCCAGUCCGAAUACUGCGCGUCCGACAAGGGCGACCAGGUGUCAUCCUGUGUUAACGCCGGCUGCGCCUCUACUUCCACAGCCUGGGCAUCAUACUCUUCCCUGUCGUCCUCGCUCUGUUCGCAGUGGGAAUCCUGCACCUCGGCUGGGUCCACCGGCGUCCAGACAAUCACCUACCCCUCAGGUUCCGUAACCUGGGGCGCACCCGGCGGCUGGCCAACAGGCAAGGGUGGUCCCGGAAACUGGGGCGGCCCGUCCGGCCCCGGAGGCCCCGGCGGUGCUGGAGGCUGGGCUGGCGUCGAGGGCAACCAGGUGUGGUCGGAGUGGGCCGCGGCAUAUUCGGGCUCCAAGACCUGGUCCGGCGGCGUCGUGACGGUCACGGGCUGCGUCGGCAACGGCUCGCCCUGGUAUGCCGGCCCUAAUGGCGGCUGGAACGACCACGGCGGCUUCAACGGCUGGGUCGGCUGGGGCGCCGGCUGGAGCCAGGGCCCCACCGUCACCACCACGGUGACAUACACCACCACCGAUGCCCAGGGCAGCGAGUCCGUCUACACGGGUCUCGCGACCGUCGCUGCCGCCGUCAGCGGUGACAUUACCACGACCCAGACCCUGGGCAGCCAGACCGCUGGCCCGACCGCCACGCAUAACGCUGCCCCUGGCGGCAGGGCGGAAGGCAGCGCAGUCACUGGCAUGAUGGGAGUUGCACUUGGUGCCGUCGUUGCCGUCGCGGGCAUGUUGUAA